AUGGAAAUGGUGUUGUCUGAAAAGGUUAGUCAGCUGAUGGAAUGGACCAGUAAAAGACCUGUAAUAAGAAUGAAUGGAGACAAGUUCCGUCGCCUUGUUAAAGCCCCACCAAGAAACUACUCCGUUAUUGUCAUGUUCACUGCUCUCCAACUUCAUAGACAGUGUAUUGUAUGCAAGCAAGCUGAUGAAGAAUUCCAGAUCCUGGCAAACUCCUGGCGAUAUUCCAGUGCCUUUACCAACAAGAUAUUUUUUGCUAUGGUGGAUUUUGAUGAAGGCUCUGAUGUAUUUCAGAUGGUAAGAUCUUUGGUUUAUUCUAUUAAUAGGAGUCGGUUAAAUCUGGACAAAUCUGUCAUUGUGCUAUUCAUAGUCCAGUCUCCCAUGGUCAUCUCUAUAGAACAAAAUAAAUAUGUUAGGCAGGAAUAUGUUAGAACAGGAGGUCUGCCUGCCCUGAGGGCAGGCAUGAAGGGAGGAGAAAAGGAAGAGAGAGGUGGAAUAUUUAAGAAAGUUAAUGAGCUAGCACCUAGUCAAAGGUAUAAGGAAGGCAGCUGUGGAACAAAGGAAAAUCUUUCUCCAAAUGGUGGAGUUACCUUAGGUAUGGUGCUUUUAUGUGAAGCUGCUACCUCUGACAUGGACAUUGGAAAGCGAAAAAUAAUGUGUGUAGCUGGUAUUGGACUCGUCGUAUUAUUCUUCAGUUGGAUGCUCUCUAUUUUCAGAUCUAAAUAUCAUGGAUAUCCAUAUAGGCUCCGGGGAGGGCAGAGCGGCGCCCUACAGGUCGCAGAAGCCGACAAGGCGUUAAAGCGAAAGCAUGACCGCUGA